UCUCGCUCUGGACUCAACCCUGAGUUUAAAACGGCGGCAUUUCGCUUUCUUGUAUCGUGUCAGUUAUCGUGUUUAAACUGAAAGUAUUUUUCUGGGUAUUUAAAAUUCACCCGUUUCUCAAAAUAUGGACGAAAAGCUCGGCGAAAAGCUCGAAAAGCUCAACUUGUCUUCGGAGGAAGUGGACCGGUUUACCAGCGCCUUUAGAGACGACAAAUUCAGGGAGAUGUUCCGCGAAUACGUGCAAGAGAUCUCUGAGCCUGAAAACAGGAGGAGGUACGAGGAGGAGAUCCGGCAGCUGGAGCAGGAGAGAGGAAACAACGCGGAGUUCAUCCACCCGACUCCGUUCAGGGUGAUCAGAACGAGCGGAGCUGAAAAGCGGAAGUGCUUCAUCAACGUCUGCGGCAGCGAUAAAAUCCACAAACCGGGAGUGAAGAGUGCUGUGUCAGAGGAUGGCCGCAGGGGGCAGCACUGGACCCUGCCUCACAGCCUUCACCCUGGCAGGACAGGGACAGACCCUAAAGGCAACACGUUUGUGAUCUAUGAUGUGAUUUUCCACCCGGACACGCUGCACAUGGCCUCUAAAAACAAGGCCUUCUUGGAUAUGGUGUACGAUGCAGCUAUUGACGGAGUCCAGAGAGCGUUUAAAGUGAAUCUAGACAAAAACAACGUGAGAGAACUGAAGACGAAAUACAAAGGCACCCCUCAAACAAGCAUCAUCCGGAGACCCAUACCCGGACACGAUGGCCAGACUCUCACCCCUGCCUUACCGGGCCUAGAAGGCCUUCAGCCACAGACAGCCACAGAGUCUGAGGAGUCACCUCCGGCGGACAGCGGAGACGUUCAACAGAGCUUCCAGAUCCAAUCGCAGAAGAACCAGGAGCCUAUAAAGCCAAACUACACGGUCAAAUACCGAUCUAGGGUUGAUUUACAGAACUUCAGGUGCUCUAGAGACUCUGCGCAGAGCCCCAGGCCUACAGAAAUCCUGAUUAUAAUUGACCUGCCCCUCCUGAGGUCAGCCAGAGACACCGGCCUUGAAGUGAAGGAAAGAAGUCUGCUGCUGGAGUCCAAACAACCGGCCUACAGACUGCAUCUGCCUUUAGCCUACCCUGUGGAUGAAGACCAAGGAGAGGCCAAGUUCAACAAGCACACGGGUCAGCUCAGCGUCACCCUGCAGGUCCGUCCGCCUGACGCAGCUCUUCAUGGUUCGGUUGGACCUCUUCCUCUGGUGACCGAUCCUAAGAAACGUAGGGAUGGACCAGAGGAGCCAAGUGAGGAGGAAGACGACCAAGGGGGCAAAGAGGCUCAAACAGAUGAAGGGGAAGAAGGAGAUCGGGAAAAGGGAAAGGAACUGGCCCAAAACAGUGACGAAGAACAGAAAAGUGAAGCAAAAGAGAAAAAAGGUCAGCAAAUAAACAGAAAACAACAGGAAGCAGAGGAAGGAGGAGCAGGAACCGAGCUUCCAACCUGGAAGGAGAGAUCACAAGUGAACGAGGAGGAGGAAGCUGGACCGCUGAAGGACAGCCAACGCCGGGAUUCAUCUGUAGGAGAUGAUCCUGUUAGGGCAACGGGAGUUUACGCUCCGGAGGCUUCAGAUGUCAGAAAGCCAUCUGUCUCUUCUGAAACUGAAAAACGGGACGUUUUAAUCCCCAAUUUACGGACCAGCGUCUCAGAAGAGGACAGAGAAGCUAAAUCGGCCUCAAGUUUGGAGUCUACAUCCAAAACGACGUCCUCUGACCUCCAGGAGGAGCCUGGAAAGGCUGAACAAGAUGCUUCCCUUCAGCAGCGUCCAUCCAUCGAGGAACCCCAGACUCCUCCUGACUCUUCUUUCCCUCCACCGGAGAGCGGUGAGGGGGACGUCAGCCUCUCUGCGAGGAGAGAGGAGUCCGGCCGGGUGUUUGACGCAGACGGUAACGAUGACCUGCAGGCACGUCAAGUCCGCCGGACGUUGGCGCGGGACAAGAAAGCCCCGGUAGCAGAUUCACUGAGGGAGGUCGACGCCGACGGAAAGGAGACGCUGAUCAGAGAUCAUUCCACAGCAGCAGGUUUCGUUUUCCAGAACAAACUCAUGUACGAGCUGGACUGAUGCUCUGCGUUUUCAGAGAAUGAAGACGCUUGAUGUUGAAAAUCUUUCCUGUUCUGAGAGCGUACAUGAAAUUGUUCUGUGGGAUUUUAAGAGUUUUCUCCUAAAGUUAUUAAAUGCAUAAGUAUCUAAUCUGUGGGGGUUCUAGACCAAAUUUAGCAGGGGGGCCAGGGUGGGGCCAGUGUUUUUUCACAGGGGCAGAGCCCUGAUCUUUUCUCAA